GGACUAAUACCAACAGAAAGACAGCGCCCAAACGUUCCGACGAGAAAAACACCUCACAACAAGCGCUAACUCACAACAACAUGUUCUUCUUCGAUUAAAAGAAACUACUUGUCGAAAGCGCUACAUGCCUUUUUGCCUGAGCCCAGGUACAGGGCAUCCGUUCAAACGGGGUAUCUACAGGAUCAGGAGACUGAUCCAAGAGGACUUAGCCCUGGCUUGUGAAGAGAUACAGGACUUUCACUCAAAAUAUAGGACUUAUUUCAUGAAUUCUGACAAGAUCCUUCAAUCACGUAAGAUCAUGCGUGUUAUGAACCUCUACUCUGAUUUGGAGCAUACUCGGCCUGAAUGGCAACUAUGCAGGCAGACCAUCGAUGUUUGACAUAGGUGGCUUGAAACAGGACAGCAUUCAGCCCCUUAGAGUUCAUGGUACCG